AAGUUCAAAAAUUUGAAGUGGGUCGAGUUUGAAAUCGAGCUAGCUGCUUCUGCUGCUGGUUUUUAAAAAUUGGGUUUCGAGCGUUUCCUCCUGUUUCUCUAAUUGCAACCAGAAAUUGUUUCUGGGUUGUUUCUGAAACUGCCACUUGAAUGUGAGUGACUGAGAUUCAGAGAGAGAGAAAGAGAGAGAGAGAUUAAAUCCAGUUGCUUUGAGGAUUUUGGCAGCAUUUCUGAGUUGGGUUUUGUAAUUUAGAGAGAGAGAGAGAGAGAGGAGGAGGGCUUUAGAGAGAGAGGGGGGGGGGUUUGAAGGUAAAUUGAUCUGGGCUCUGCUGAAGUUGAUCACAGAGAAACUGGGAGGUUUGAAGUGCAAGCUAUAGUGGGUUGCUUUCUGAGGAAAAAAGAGAGGACAAGCUUCUGUUUUCUGAGUCUUAAAGUAACAAAAAGGAGAGAGAGAGAGAGAGAGAGAGAGAGAGAGAGAGAGAGAGGGAGGGAGGGAGAAGAGGGCAUUUGUCUCAUCAGUUGUGGCUGUCAAUGGUGGAAGCCUUUGGAUUAUAAUCAAAGUCAAUUCAAGUUGAGGUUCAGUUGCUUGAGCUCUCGUAUCCAAUUUGAUUGAGAUCAUGGAGGAAGAAGGCGGCAAUGAGGUUUUGAUCUGUACACGAUCAGCAGAAGAAUGGUUGUUACAUGCUCGGGAGCUUGUUCCAUUGGCACUGAACAAGGCAAGAGAGGUUAAGGGGUUUCCGGGUCGAUGGAAGAUGAUCAUUUCGAAGUUGGAGCAGAUCCCUUCGCGUUUGUCGGAUUUGUCUAGCCAUCCGUGCUUCUCCAAGAAUGCUCUUUGUAAGGAGCAAUUGCAGUCGGUAUCUAAGACGUUGAAGGAGGUUAUUGAAUUGGCAGAAUUUUGUGUGGGGGAGAAACACGAAGGAAAACUUCGGAUGCAGAGCAAUCUGGAUGCAUUGUCUGGGAAACUAGAUUUGAAUUUGCGGGAUUGCGGGCUAUUGAUCAAGACCGGGGUGCUUGGUGAGGCUACUUUGCCUUUAGCAAUGGCCGGUUCCUCAAGUGAGCCGGAGGCUGCUGCCAAUGGGAACAUAAGGGAGCUGCUUGCGCGGCUUCAGAUUGGUCACUUGGAGGCAAAACACAGGGCUCUCGACAGUCUCGUAGGGGUCAUGAAAGAUGAUGAAAAGAAUGUGCUGUCAGUUAUGAGUCGUAGUAACAUUGCUGCUUUAGUUCAGCUGCUCACUGCAACAUCUCCUCGUAUCCGAGAGAAGACUGUGACUGUAAUUUGCUCACUUGCAGAAUCUGGAAGCUGCGAAAAUUGGCUUGUUUCUGAAGGUGUUUUGCCACCUCUGAUAAGGCUUGUUGAGUCUGGCAGUGCAGUAGGGAAAGAGAAGGCUACAAUUUCGCUUCAGAGGUUGUCAAUGUCUGCUGAGGCAGCACGUGCAAUUGUUGGGCAUGGAGGGGUUCGUCCACUGGUUGAGAUCUGCCAAACUGGUGAUUCUGUUUCUCAGGCUGCUUCUGCUAGCACUUUGAAGAACAUAUCAGCUGUCCCUGAGGUUCGACAGACUCUAGCUGAGGAAGGCAUUGUAAAAGUUAUGAUCAAUCUCCUUGAUUGCGGAAUUUUAUUGGGUUCAAAAGAAUAUGCAGCAGAAUGCUUACAGAAUCUCACUGCAAGCAAUGACAAUCUCCGAAGGUCUGUAAUAUCAGAAGGUGGAAUUCGAAGCCUGAUGGCUUAUCUUGCUGGCCCGUUGCCACAAGAAUCCGCAGUUGGGGCAUUGAGGAAUUUGGUUGGUUCGGUUUCUAUGGAGGUCUUGGUUUCUCUUGGUUUCCUUCCACGCAUAGUUCACGUGCUUAAAUCCGGUUCACUGGGGGCACAGCAGGCUGCUGCAUCGGCAAUUUGCAGGGUUUGCAGCUCAACAGAGAUGAAAAAAUUGAUCGGUGAAGUGGGGUGCAUUCCUCUCCUCCUCAAGAUGCUCGAUGCUAAAUCAAACAGUGCAAGAGAGGUUGCUGCACAGGCAGUUUCGAGUCUGAUGACCUUUUCUCAUAAUUGCAGAGAAGUGAAAAGGGAUGACAAAAGUGUGCCGAGUCUAGUUCAACUGCUUGACCCUAGUCCCCAAAACACAGCCAAAAAAUACGCAGUUUGUUGCCUUGGAUUACUGUGUUCGAGUAAGAAAUGCAAGAAGCUGAUGGUCUCGUAUGGAGCAAUCGGGUACCUCAAGAAGCUUACAGAGAUGGACAUCCCUGGAGCGAAGAAGCUACUCGAACGGCUGGAAAGAGGGAAGUUGAGAAGUUUCUUCACAAGAAAAUAGAGGAAGAAAUGCGAAGUGUACUUUUGGUAAGCUUUGUGAAGCUUUUGAUAUCUGAUGCAGUAGCUGUUUCAUGGUCUAUAUGAAACGAUGUAAUCUAUGUUAUGUAUGUUCUGUUAUUUAUAAGGUUUAUGAAAAUAUAAAAUCUCUGUAGUUCUAUCA